UAGUUUUCGUAUAUCACCAGAUCUUGUCUUACGCGAUUGCAGAUGAUCGAUCUAACUGUAUUAAUAAUAAUUUAGUACAUUGUAAAAAAUAUUUCUGAUUUGUGUACUGUUGUUAUCAAUUUAUUAUCGGACUGCGGGCUAUAUAAGCUUGCGGAGUGUUUGCGACUGACAGAUCUUCCACCAUGUUGACGCUGGCUGUCGUGUUCGUGUUGUGCGUCGCCCUGUACUUCUACGGUACAAGAACGUUUACGUAUUGGGAGAAAAAGGGAAUCAAAAAUGACAAACCUGUACCAUUUUUCGGCAACAAUUCGCGUAUGUACUUACGGAAGAAAAGUAUGACACAAAUUGGCGUGGAAAUGUACAGGAAAUAUCCCAAGGAAAAGGUCGUGGGAUUUUAUCGAGCGAUGCGCCCAGAACUUGUUGUAAGAGAUCCAGAAAUUGUUAAGCGUAUCCUCGUAUCAGACUUUGGACAUUUUCACAUGAGAGGUUUCAAUACUCACCAAAAGGUUGUUGAGCCCAUGGCAAAAAAUCUCUUCCUUGCUGAAGGAGAUCUCUGGAAAUUGUUGAGGCAGCGUAUGUCUCCAGCGUUUACCAGCGGAAAACUGAAGGCGAUGUUCCCUCUCAUCGUGGAGCGUGCUGAGCGUUUGCAGAACCACGCUAUCAAGGCACCACCGACUGGACGAGUCCUGGACUCUCGGGAGAUAAUGGCGAGGUAUACUACUGACUUCAUCGGUGCUUGUGGGUUCGGCCUCGACAUGGAUUCUCUUAGUGUGGAAAAUUCCUCUUUUAGACAACUUGGUAUUGAUAUUUUUAAGGUAGAAAUCAGUCAAAUGGUUAAACAAAUGCUCAAAGAGAUCUUUCCAGAAGCAUGCAAACAUAUUAAAAUAUUUGGCAAAAUAGAAAAUGACGCGAACGCCCUUGUCAAAACUAUUCUGCAAAAGAGAAAUUACGAACCAUGCGGCAGGCACGACUUUGUCGAUCUUCUGUUGGAAUAUAAGAAAAAAGGAAAGAUCGUGGGCCAAUCAAUAGAAAAAAUUAAGCCGAAUGGCGUGCCUGAAGAAGUAUCUUUGGAGUUAACCGAAGAAAUAAUUGCGGCUCAAAUCAUGAUCUUCUUCGCCGCGGGUUUCGAAACUUCAUCUUCCUCUACAAGCUAUACGCUGCAUGAACUAGCAUACAAUCCUGAGGAGCAAAGGAAAGUGCAAGAAGAAAUCGAUAGAGUUUUAGCGAAAUACGAUAACAAGCUCAGCUAUGAUGCAGUUUCUGAAAUGACUUACUUGCAUUGUGCUUUCAAAGAAGGCAUCCGAAUGUUCCCAUCGUUGGGACACUUGAUAAGGAAGUGUACUCGUAAGUGCACGUUCCCCGAGAUGGACCUUACUAUAGACGAGGGCGUUUCAAUAUUAAUACCAGUGCAGGCAUUGCACAUGGAUCCUCUAUAUUUCGAGGAGCCAGAGAAAUUCAAGCCAAGCCGAUUCUUAAGUGAUUUCAUAAACCCGAUGACCAAAAACAUAUACUUACCAUUUGGCGAAGGUCCCCGUGCAUGUAUUGGUGAGAGACUGGGUCUGAUGCAGUCGCUGGCUGGUCUGGCGGCGGUGCUGUCGUGCUACUCGGUUGAACCCGCGCCGCAAACGGUGCGCCAUCCUAGGGUCGAUCCCACGUCUAAUGCAGUGCAAGGUGUUAUCGGUGGAUUACCUUUGAUGUUUAAGUUGAGAAGUAAGUAAGUGUUACACGUGUACUCCUAUAAGAUUUUGUUCUAAGUUUAUGGAAUGUCGUGUCUAAUUUGUACAUACAUGUGAUAAUAUUUUAAUAAAUUAAGUGUUAUUUACACGCGUUUUCCUGCUUAUAAAUACCCUUUAUUGUUUCACUGAAC